GCCCCGCAGCGUCGCGCCCGCGCACGAGUGGCCGGCACCUUCUGAGCUAGCGGUACAGAGCACAGACAUCCCUGCCUUACGCUACUCCGGGACACAGGUGGGACCCUCUUCCAGUCCUCAACCCCUGGCGUGGGGCCACCCAAGGCGGCGCAGCACGCAGGGCGUUUGGGACCUGGCGGCAGACUGGGGCGGUACCUGUGGAGGGCCAAGCAACUUCUCCAGGCCUCCUGCUACUUUGGAAACUGCCUGGGGCUGCGACAUCAACCCCUUAAGUCCCGGAGGCGGAAAGAGGGUGGGUUGGUUUGAAAGACACAAGGAAAAAAAAUGUGUUGUGGGGCGGGUUAAGUUUCCCACCCUCUUUCUCCUUCCCGAGCAAAUUAAAAACAAAACAAAUAGAAAAGCCAGCCCUCCAGCCAACCAAAGCCCCAAGCCGAGCCCUAGCCGGAGCACUCCUUUAAAAGGAUUUGCAGCAGUGAGGAAAAAACCAGACCCGACCGAGGAAUCGUUCCGCAAAUCCAGGUGUACAUCUUUGAAGUAAGAUGAUGUGUCAGAAAUUCUAUGUGGUUUUGUUAUACUGGGAAUUUCUUUAUGUGAUAGCUGCACUUAACCUGGCAUAUCCAAUCUCUCCCUGGAAAUUUAAGUUGUUUUGUGCACCACCAAAUACAACCAAUGACUCCUUUCUCUCACCUGCUGGAGUCCCAAACAAUGCUUCAGCUUUGAAGGGGGAUUCUGAAGCUAAAUUUAAUUCAAGUGGUAUCUACAUUUCUGAGUUAUCCAAAACAAUCUUCCACUGUUGCUUUGGGAAUGAGCAGGGUCAAAACUGCUCUGCACUCACAGACAACACUGAAGGGAAGACACUGGCUUCAGUGGUGAAGGCUUUAGUUCUUCGUCAGCUAGGUGUAAACUGGGACAUAGAGUGCUGGAUGAAAGGGGACUUGACAUUAUUCAUCUGUCAUGUGGAACCGUUACUUAAGAACCCCUUCAAGAAUUAUGACUCUAAGGUCCAUCUUUUAUAUGAUCUGCCUGAAGUCAGAGAUGAUUUGCCUCUACCUCUGCUGAAAGACAGCUUUCAGACUGUCCAGUGCAACUGCAGUGUUAAGGAAUGUGAAUGUCAUGUUCCAGUACCCAGAGCCAAACUCAACUACGCUCUUGUGAUGUAUUUGGAAAUCACAUCUGCCGGUGUGAGUUUUCAGUCACCUCUGAUGUCACUGCAGCCCAUGCUUGUUGUGAAGCCCGAUCCACCACUAGGUUUGCAUGUGGAAGUCACAGAUGAUGGCAAUUUAAAGAUUUCUUGGGACAGCCAAACAAUAGCACCAUUUCCUCUUCAAUAUCAGGUGAAAUAUUUAGAGAAUUCUACAAUUGUAAGAGAGGCUGCUGAAAUCGUCUCAGCUACGUCUCUGCUGGUAGACAAUGUGCUUCCUGGAUCUUCAUAUGAGGUCCAGGUGAGGAGCAAAAGACUGGAUGGCUCAGGAGUCUGGAGUGACUGGAGCUCACCUCAAGUCUUUACCACACAAGAUGUUCUGUAUAUUCCACCCAAGAUUCUGACAAGUGUUGGAUCAAAUGCUUCCUUUCAUUGCAUCUACAAAAAUGAAAACCAGAUUAUCUCCUCAAAACAGAUAGUUUGGUGGAUGAAUCUAGCUGAGAAAAUCCCUGAGAUACAGUAUAGCAUUGUGAGUGACCGCGUUAGCAAAGUUACUUUCUCCAAUCUGAAAGCCACCAGACCUCGAGGGAAGUUUACCUAUGACGCAGUGUACUGCUGCAAUGAGCAGGCAUGCCAUCACCGCUAUGCUGAAUUAUAUGUGAUCGAUGUCAAUAUCAAUAUAUCAUGUGAAACUGACGGGUACUUAACUAAAAUGACUUGCAGAUGGUCACCCAGCACAAUCCAAUCACUAGUGGGAAGCACUGUGCAGUUGAGGUAUCACAGGCGCAGCCUGUAUUGUCCCGAUAGUCCAUCUGUUCAUCCUACGUCUCAGCCCAAAAACUGCAUCUUACAGAGAGAUGGCUUUUAUGAAUGUGUUUUCCAGCCAAUCUUUCUAUUAUCUGGCUAUACGAUGUGGAUCAGGAUCAACCAUUCUUUAGGUUCACUUGAGUCUCCGCCAACGUGUGUCCUUCCUGACUCCGUAGUAAAACCAUUACCUCCAUCUAAUGUAAAAGCAGAGAUUACUAUAAACACUGGAUUGUUGAAAGUAUCUUGGGAAAAGCCAGUCUUUCCAGAGAAUAACCUUCAGUUCCAGAUUCGAUAUGGCUUAAGUGGAAAAGAAAUACAGUGGAAGACACAUGAGAUAUUCGAUGCAAAAUCAAAGUCUGCCAGCCUGCCGGUGUCAGACCUCUGUGCAGUCUAUGUGGUACAGGUUCGCUGCCGGCGGUUGGAUGGACUAGGGUACUGGAGUAAUUGGAGCAGUCCAGCCUACACCCUUGUCAUGGAUGUAAAAGUUCCUAUGAGAGGGCCUGAAUUUUGGAGAAUAAUGGAUGGGGACGUUACUAAAAAGGAGAGAAAUGUCACCUUGCUUUGGAAGCCCCUGACGAAAAAUGACUCGCUGUGUAGUGUGAGGAGGUAUGUGGUGAAGCAUCAUACUGUCCACAAUGGCACAUGGUCGGAAGAUGUGGGAAAUCAGACCAAUCUCACUUUCCUGUGGACAGAACCAGCACACACUGUUACAGUUCUGGCCAUCAAUUCCAUUGGUGCUUCCCUGGUGAAUUUUAACCUUACAUUCUCAUGGCCCAUGAGUAAAGUGAGUGCUGUGGAAUCACUCAGUGCUUAUCCCUUGAGCAGCAACUGUGUCAUUCUUUCCUGGACACUGUCACCUGAUGAUUAUAGUCUGUUAUACCUGGUUAUUGAAUGGAAGAUCCUCAGUGAAGAUGACGGAAUGAAAUGGCUUAGAAUCCCCUCAAAUGUUAAAAAGUAUUAUAUCUACGAUAAUUUUAUUCCCAUAGAGAAAUAUCAGUUUAGUCUUUACCCAGUAUUUAUGGAAGGAGUUGGAAAACCAAAGAUAAUUAAUGGUUUCACCAAAGAUGCAAUCGACAAGCAGCAGAAUGAUGCAGGGCUGUAUGUCAUUGUACCCAUAAUUAUUUCCUCUUGUGUCCUACUGCUCGGAACACUGUUAAUUUCACACCAGAGAAUGAAAAAGUUGUUUUGGGAUGAUGUUCCAAACCCCAAGAAUUGUUCCUGGGCACAAGGACUUAAUUUCCAAAAGAUAAUGCCUGGCAGAAAUUAGAGGAUAGAGGGUUGAUGAACCAGCAAAUAUCUCCAGAAUCUGGCUCACCUGGCUGUCUCACAUGUCCCCUAUCAUAGCUAAGUGUGGUGCUGUA